AUGCCGAACCCGGGUCUCAUUAGGUUCAAAGAGUUUAGCAGUCGACCAAAUUUGAUUGUUACCUCUCCCGAAGCACUCGUUGAGGUGCUGAGCACGCGCGCGAAUGAUUAUGUGAAGCCGGAUGGUCUUCGAAAUUUCGUUGCCAGAAUCCUAGGAUUCGGUCUGCUUCUAUCGGAGGGAGAUGUUCAUAAAGUUCAACGGAGAGCGUCGCAAGGGUUCUUCAAGCCACAGGUGCUUCGGUUAACAUAUCCUGUGCUCUGGGAGAAGGCCAAAGAGAUGGUGCGGAGCCUAGAGCAGGGUAUCGAAGAACAAAGCAAGCAGACAAAGUCUAUGGGGAAUGCAGGCAACUUUUUACUGAGCGAAUUGUCAAGAGAUAUUACUAUGGACUUUAUCGGCCUCAGCACUAUGGGACACGACUUAAAGUCGUUCGAAGACAAUCCGGAUAAGGUAGUCGAUAACUUCUCCGAACUCACCGACCCGAGUCUAUUACAGAUGGUCUUCCUUGUACUAUCAGUGAAGGUUCCUGAGUGGAUGACGGACCCAUUUCGUUGGGCUCUAGACCCAUCUAGGCUGACGGCGAAAAGAGCCCUCCGGACAUUCGGUGAGAGGAUGGUAAAGGAACGAAAGGCGUUGCUGGCGCUGAAUCCUCAGGCUAGCAGAGGUAAUCUGCUGGAUGUCUUGAUUGGACAGGGCAUCUUUUCGGAUGAAGAACUCGCUGAUCAGCUCGUGACGAUUCUGGGGGCAGGGCAUGACACUUCUGCCAGUACCCUCGUGUGGUGCUGCUACGAACUGUGUCGAAGGCCCGACAUCCAGCAGCAACUUCGUACUGAAAUCCGUGGUGCUAUUCCCUCCUUGCUCGACACAGAUGCAGCAUCCUGGAAGACAUUGGAGUCGAUGCCACUCCUCAACGCUAUCAUCCAUGAAGUCUUACGCCUCCACCCCUCCGUUCCCAUGUUCACCCGUGAGGCAAUCAAGGACACUUCUAUUUUGAACUACCCGAUUCCCAAAGGGACUCGCGUUGUGAUCUGUCCCCGUGCGCUCAAUAGGCUUCCCGAAUUCUGGGGAGAGGAUGCUGACAAAUUUGUACCUGAUCGCUGGAUCGACACUGAUGAAUCUGGGGAGAGAACUCUGAAUGGUCUUGGUGGCGCGCCUACCAAAUAUGCCCAUAUCACAUUUUCCCACGGUAACCGAUCAUGUAUCGGUAAGCCGAUAGCAUUUAUCCAGGUUCGAUGCGCUUUAGCGGCGAUUUUUGGUCGCUUUAACGUUGAACUGGUAGAUGAAGAAAUACCCUACCAGCCGCCUAGUUUUAUUACCAUGAAGCCACUCGAGAGCGUGCCCUUCCGGUUAACCAAGGUGGAGGGGUGGUGA